AUGGAACUGGAGAGGCUUUACAGAGGAGACCAUACUUUCUUCAAGGUCAUCGUCGAUGAUUUCAACGCCAAGAUUGGCCUCAGAAGAACGGCUGAAGAGCUCCACAUCGGAACUCACGGAGUGAAAUGGACACAUGGAAUGGGAAAGCAUGGGAGUGAAGGUCGACGGCCGCUGCUUAUAUCAUCUCCGCUUUGCGGAAGACAUCGUGCUUAUAACACUCAACAUCGAGCAGGCGGAACAAAUGCUGGCCGAAUUCGACAACGCUUGUGGAGAGAUCGGAUUACCACUAAACCUAACGAUGAUGAUGUUCAUGAUGUUGAGAAACGGAAUAGAGUAUUGAAGGAGACGAAUGAAGUUUGGCUCCGCGCUCACCUUUGCAACACUGCUGUCGUUCCUGCUAUGAGUCAGCAUCGCUCAACGCGCUAUGGAAAGAACGUAUUCGUAACUUCCCUACACCCGCAAGUGCAGAAGAAAAUCUGAAGGAUAGAGCUCUAUCACCGAACGAAGACCAGAGAUGCCACUGAUUACGCCAAGAGAUCGAAGAUCAAGUGGGCCGUGACGGCCGCAAACGAGAUGGUCAGACUUCUUCAUGAGGGGUUUUAA